UUAUUUAUUAUUUUGUCAUUUUGUGUGUUUUUUUACAGACGAACUGUGUGUGUAAUCGAAAUCGUACCGUUCGCGAAGUGAAGUUAGGUUAAUUUUGACUUUAUUAAAAGAUAAAUUUGAUUCAACAUGAGCCGUAAAGAAGUUUUUUCUCAAUUCAUUCAGCAGAUCCAUGGAAGACCAGUUGUAGUGAAACUUAACAGUGGUGUUGAUUAUCGAGGCGUAUUGGCUUGCAUCGACGGAUACAUGAACAUUGCAUUGGAUCAGACGGAGGAGUAUGUCAAUGGCCAACUCAAAAACAAAUACGGAGAUGCCUUCAUCAGAGGAAAUAAUGUCCUGUAUAUCAGCACGCAGAAAAGAAGAGGAGCUUAAUGUCUUAACAUUUUACUUUAAGAAUUUCAUUUUGUUACCUACAAUUUAUUUCCGCUAAUUAAAGAAUAAGAUUUUUA